AGACAGCGCUGCUCCUCCGCGCCGGUUGGUCUCCACUCCGCGGUGUGCUCUCCGUCCAGCUGCACACGGAGGAAGAGACAACGGACAAGUUUUAACCGGGAAAAAGGAGCCCUGUAACUCCAGAGAACGGACAAUUUAGUCGCAUGGAUGUCAAAGGAUGUAGUAGUAGUCUUUAUUCCCCCCCAGAAAGAAAACCCAGCAACUGAGUGAAGGCUUCCCGAGAGCCUUGUUGUCCCCGGGGGAGGCGUUUUGUUUCGGGUCCUCCUCACUGAAUACAACCGCCGGCGCGUUUUCUUCAGCCUGGACAGAGACAUUGACAAAAUACUGCAAAUUCUUUCUGUAUUUGGGUCUAAAGCUGUGAUGAGGAGAGAAGGGAGACAGUGAAAGCUAAGCUCAUCUCCAUCGACCGACGCAACCAAAGAGCAUCCCAUUCCUUUUCCUCUUUUCACCACAGUCCCUCCGUCCCUCUCAUUAUUCCCCACUUUUUUUCCUCCCCGUCAUCCUCCCUCUCUUGUCUCUACAUGUGAUUUUCUUAAAUCCCAUUCGUAUUUCUCCCUCCUGAUCUACCUCUUCACAUUCCCUCCCUUCCCUCCCCCUCCCCUCCCUCUCGCUCUCUCUCUCUCUCUGCUCCUCUGGCAGGCUGCUCAUUGCAGUGAGUCAGUAUCAUGGAGGCAGGCAGCGGGGCUGCCGCAGCGGUGGGGAGUGCAGCGCUAGGACUGCUGGGAGCCACAGCCGCGUCCGGCCAUGACAUCUUGGACAGGGGCCUGAGGCCUGGACGUCACCUGGAGGACGACGACAUUGUGCCUGAACUGGCGAACAUCCAUCCCAGAGAGAGACCCGACUGGGAGGAGACCAUCAGUGCCAUGGCGAGGAGUGCAGAGAUCCCCGAGCUGAGGGCGGAGCCCCUCAUGCGCUCGUGCAGCAGCAGCACGGCCAGCAUGAAGGUCAAGAAUGUCAAGAAACUUUGCUUCACCAAAGGCCACUUCCCGAAACUGGCAGAGUGCGCUCACUUCCACUACGAAAACGUGGACUUUGGCACAAUUCAGUUGUCCCUGGGGGAUGAACAGUGUGAAGUGACGCGGAACGGCUAUGAGUCCAAGGAGCUGGUGUACUUGGUUCACAUAUACUGCCAGGGUCGAAGUUGGAUUGUGAAGCGCAGCUAUGAAGAUUUCCGCGUCCUGGACAAGCACCUCCACCUCUGCAUCUACGACCGACGCUUCUCACAGCUGCCUGAGCUGCCUCGAUUGGACAGUCUGACUGACCAGUCAGAGUCCGUUUCCCAGAUGUUGUUGGCUUACCUCUCCCGGCUGUCAGCCAUCGCCGACAACAAGAUCAACUGUGGGCCCGCCCUCACGUGGAUGGAGGUUGAUAAUAAGGGAAAUCAUCUGUUGGUUCAUGAAGAGUCGUCCAUCAACGUGCCAGCUAUUGCUGCUGCCCAUGUCAUCAAGCGUUACAUCGCCCAGGCCUCAGACGAGCUGUCCUUCGAGGUUGGCGACAUCGUGUCAGUGAUUGACAUGCCCCCGAAAGAAGACACCACCUGGUGGAGAGGCAAGCAUGGCUUCCAGGUUGGCUUCUUUCCCAGCGAGUGUGUGGAGCUCAUAAACGAUAAAGUGCCGCAGUCCAUGACCAACACGGUGCCGAAACCAGCCUCCCCCUGCUCUGGCCUGCAGCCUGCUUCUUGGAGUCUCUUCCCUCCCUACUUGGAGAUGGAGAGUGUAAUACAGGACAAUGCAUGGGUGGCCGACCCGCUAAACCACUACAGCCUAAGUUCAGUGUCUAAGAAGCACGGGAAGCUGAUCACCUUCUUGCGAACCUUCAUGAAGUCCCGGCCCACCAAGCAGAAGCUGAAGCAGAGAGGCAUCCUCCGGGAGAGGGUGUUCGGCUGCGACCUGGGAGAGCACCUCCUCAACUCGGGCCAUGAUGUGCCCCAGGUCCUCAAGAGCUGCACCGAGUUCAUCGAGAAGCACGGCGUGGUGGACGGCAUCUACCGCCUCUCUGGAAUCGCCUCCAACAUCCAGAAGCUGCGGCACGAGUUUGACUCUGAGCAGAUUCCCGACCUGACCAAAGAUGUUUACAUCCAGGACAUCCACUGUGUCGGCUCGCUGUGCAAGCUCUACUUCAGAGAGCUGCCCAACCCCCUGCUCACCUACCAGCUCUACGAGAAAUUCUCCGAUGCUGUAUCAGCGGCGACGGACGAAGAGCGACUCAUCAAAAUCCAUGAUGUCAUCCAGCAGCUUCCUCCACCGCAUUACCGGACCCUGGAGUUCCUCAUGAGGCACCUUUCCCGCCUGGCAGCGUUCAGCUACAUCACCAACAUGCACAGCAAGAACAUAGCCAUCGUCUGGGCACCCAACCUGCUCAGAUCCAAACAGAUCGAGUCUGCGUGCUUCAGCGGCACAGCGGCCUUCAUGGAAGUCCGAAUCCAGUCGGUGGUGGUUGAGUUCAUCCUCAACCACGUGGAUGUUCUCUUCAGCACCAAACUCAGCUCACUAAUCAGAGAGGGAGCAGGUCACAACUCGUUGUCGCGGCCCAAAUCCCUGCUGGUUUCAUCACCCUCCACUAAACUUCUGACUCUGGAGGAGGCCCAGGCCAGGACCCAGGCUCAGAUCAACUCUCCGGUCACUGAAGACAGCAAGUACAUCGAGGUGGGCGAAGGUCCGGCUGCCCUGCAGGGAAAGUUCCACACUGUCAUCGAGUUUCCAACUGAGAGGAAGAGGCCUCCUAUUAAAUCCAAGAAGUCUCCUGUGGGUAGUUGGCGUUCUUUCUUCAACCUCGGCAAGUCUUCCUCCAUGUCCAAGCGCAAGCUGCACCGCAAUCCCAGUGAACCCAAUGAACUGAAGGCCAUGGCUCUUGCUGGAGGCAGAGGAGACAAUGCAACUUUGAGGUCAGCCAAAAGUGAAGAGUCGCUGAGUUCCCUGCACAAUGUUGAAGGAGAGUCCAAGGUGUACCGUCCUCGGCGGCCGCGCUCCAGCAGUGAUGCCCUGUCGGCCUCCUUCAAUGGCGAGCUGCUGGACAGCCGGCAGCACUGCAACUCCUACGACAACCUGGGCGCCGCAGAGGAAAGCGACGGAGACGACGGCCCUAUCUGUGUGCCCGCCCUCAUCUCGCCUCCCCGCUCAGCGGGUGAGGACGUGGACCUCAGCCCGCCGGACAUCGGCAUGGCCUCCUUGGACUUUGACCCCAUGUCUUUCCAGUGCAGUGUCCCCGACACCUCUUACGCCUUCCCCCUAGACGACUCGCCUGCUGGGGCGGAGGGCUCCACGUUAAAGAGGAGUCCCGCCAACGUCUGUGGAAAGACUAACGGCUCUGACUUCAUCUCCGCCAGCUUCCUGGGCAGCUUGAUGUCCCCUUUGUCGUCCGCAGACUUCAGCCUGGCUGCUGGAGAGAAGGUGGCAAACAAGAAACUGACCACUUCCUAUUCUUACACCGAUAAACCCACACAGGCUGUGUCGCCUAUCAAAUGUGGAAAGACCACUAGUUUGACGCCGUUUGCCACUUCGGAGCUUUUCUCUCCAGAGAUGCCUAACAAGAAUACAGCUGGACAGUUCAUCUCUCCACAGCGGUUACCUCCUCCCUCCGCAGUCAAAGACUCUCCUCCCCUGAUGGGCAGUGUGCUGCUGAGGGCGGCCGAGCCGUCGCUAAGCGAAGCUUUCCAAAUGGAACUGCACUCAAAGCUGGUGGCCUUUGACAGCGUGGACAGUCGAGAGCUGAAGGGAGAGGACGGCGUGCAGCAGGCGCCGGCUGCCAGCAGCCAAGAGCACCAAGGAGUCGUAGCUCCGGACUCUUCAAAGGACCUCUCCCCUCGUUCCCUCAGCUCUACAGUCCCCACUGCUGCCCCUCCUCCUCCUCCCCCUCCUAAAAAUGCUGCCCGCAUGUUGGCCCUGGCCCUGGCCGAGUCCGCCCAGCAAGCCUCCAUUCAGUCUCAAUCGCGGUCCUCUGAGCCCUCCACGCCGGCCUCCCCUCUGCAGCCCCAGGAGGCCUCUGACCCCCAGGACUCGAAACUUCCAAUGUUCCCACAUUUCCAGACUAUUUCUUCUGAGGAGGGAGCAGGGAGAGGGAGUUCUCCGCCACCGAGCAGCACUGCUCCGGCUGUCACCCAAGCCUCAUCUCAUCCCUCCGCCUCCAGUCCUAUCAUUCCAAUCAAACAGCAGCCUCUUGAGGUGACCAGCACGACUACCAAGCCAUCGGACAGCACCAAGUCCUCUACAACCCCACCUGGAACGCUGCCAGGAACAGACUCCAGCCCACCGGACACUCCUCUUUACAAGUGUGCCCCACUCCCCAGUUCAACCAGCCUGACUUCUCCCAUCAGGAAAAGUCCAGAGCGGCAGCAGCCUGUCGCAGGACUGGUCCCAGUCCAUACCAGCUCAUCUAGUACCACUCCAGCCACCUUACCCAGUGGCAGCUGUACAGAGCCUGGAGUCUUGCCAGAGCUCGUUCCUGAGGUCAAACCAGAGGAGACUGCACCCCCCCCAGUCCUUCCAAAACCCUCAGAAAAGCCACCUCAGAAGCCGAAGAGGCAGGCCGUCUCACUGCCCCAUCAUCAAACACAGACUCAGCAGCAGAGCCAAGCUCAGAUACAGACUCCUCUUUCACCACAGCAUCAAAUUCAGACACAGGUCCAGCCCCAUACCCAGCCUCAGCUCCCCUCCAAGGCCAGCGCGAGAGUGGCCCCCACCUCUGCUGAGCCUGUGGAGAAGCCUUGGGAGGCCAUAAAGCCGGUACAGCCCUGUACGGAGCCUGCAAAGCACCACGACGCGUACGUGCCCAAACCUCCGGCCCCUCCUGUCCGCACGUUAGAGAGCAAACUGGCCACAGCAGCUCUCACCGCUUGCCAAAGUGAAGCCUCCUACCAUGUCCUGGGUGAGGGCCCUGUGCCUGGCCAUCCAGAGGACGCUCUGCCUCACCAUCCUCCUUCUCCUCGUAAAUCGUCCACGCACCAGCCGGCUUACCUGUACCACGCUAAAGGAGAGCCUGUCUUAAUUGAGCCGCCUGGAGCUGCAUACUACCACCAGAGGCCGGUUCAGCUAGGCCCACAGUCCGUGCCGCACCACUUCCGGCCAGACAGCGUCCCCCCACACCUGUCCUACGUGUCCAAAUCAGAGCCUCAGAUCCCUUACAGUGCCCGACUGGAAAACAAAUACAGCACUUUAGGCCCCAGGUCCUACCACCACUCCAUGAAGUCUAGAGGAAACCCCCGCGGCGUGUACGUGUCUCCGGGGCCGGGGCAUCAGGGUUACAGCCAUGACAGAAACCAAGGCUAUCCCACCAUCCGCAGAGUGCACUCACUCCACGUUCCUUCGACUAUCCGCUCAGUGCCCAUCCAGAGGACCGAAGUUCCUCCAGAUGACGAACUGUUCUUCUACCAUCGGCCCGUGUAUCAGUGCAAAGCGUACCAGCAGCCCCCCCAGCAGUCCUCACAAGCUGACUACCACGUCACCCAGCUGCAGCCUUACUUUGAGAACGGACGGGUUCAGUAUCGAUACAGCCCAUACUCUGGUUCAAGCCCUUUGGAGGCGCCUUUCUAUGACAUUGACCCUUACGGCACCAUCCGGGUUCGGCACGUCCACUCACAUGGCGGCCGAGAUCCGGGAGCCGCCGCCGGCCGACCGGGUGGAAAGGCGACUGGGUACCAUUACCUCGCUCGCCAUGUUCUCCCCCCUGGGAAGGAGCACAGCUUUGUUAGCAGGGACAUGCCCCCCGGUCACGGGACCAAAGAGGCCGCUGCUUAUCUGGCUUGGGACCCCGAGGAGUCAGAAAGGCUCCGCAUGCACUCCAUCCGCAGGGAGAGCAGGGCCCGACAGAAGAUCAAAGGCCCCGUCCUCUCUCAGUAUGACAACGUUGGCUUGUUUGCACCGGCCGAUAUAUCGGGCUAUGAAACCCUGCACCUGCGCAGUAAAUCUGACCCAGGGAAAGCUGUGCUGGUUGCAGCCGAGAGCAAAGACGGGCGAUACCUCCCCAGACACAUGGUGUCCGACCCUGACGUCCUCAUGUACAUGGAGACCGACAAGCACGUCCAGGGCGGAGAGAAGUCCGACGGGCUGGCCAAGCAAAGCGGUUCCAAGAAAUGCCAAUCCUCUCACUCCCUUCCAGCUACUCUGAGCCACAGUCUGUCCCAUCAGCAGGAGAGCAGCCGACACGAGGCCAAGUACGAGACCGGAGACGACGGCAGCCGGUCUCACUGGCAGCAUGACUAUCCCAGCAAGAGGAGCUUCCAACCACGCUAUGACUGUCCUGAUUCUGACCACCUCCAGAGCAAAGGGAAAACACCCACCGGCUACCACAGUACAGACGACCAGCCAUCGGGCCCCAGGGAAGCAGUCGGCCGCUCCAAACUUGAGCGAUCGCACAGCGUCCGGGAGCAGCAGCACUACAGCCAGGGCAACCCGGAGCCGGACAGAGACUACUCGUAUCAGAAACACGGCACUAAACCGGUGCUGUCCCACUACGACAACUUGGACGAUUACCACCCAGUACCUCAGCCUCAGGCCCCCGUUCAAAAACGUGGAGGACCCGGCUCCUAUCCCGGCCCGGGGUUCACAGUGAGCCACAGUAACAGAGCGUACUCCACAGCACUGGGCCAGGGAGCCUUUAUCCAGACUGAUCUGCUCAUGCAGAGGCCAGAGACAGAGAUACGUACAGAAUGAAGCAUUUAGAGGGGGGGAGGGGAGGACGUGUGAAAUUCUCUUUAUCCAUGUAGAAGAAGGACUAUCGAGCUACGGUUGCAGCCUCUGCAGGACAGUGGACUGUCAUAUCACCAUAUUUUUGCUCAUCUGUAUUUUUAAUGAAUUGUAAAGAAAAUUGUAAGACUUUUUACUGGAAGUCCUGAAUGUACCUGAAUUUACUGUCCAAGGGGUCAUAUAAUUGUGAUCGAUUGAGACAGUAGCAGUCAUAAAUGUAUAUGAUAUGAAAGACGGAAGGUACUUUUAACAGGAACACAAAAAUGUAAAAUAUAUAUAUAUACUAUAUAUAUUAAAAAUAUAUGACUAGAAUCACUAGUAAAAAAGGGAUUUAGUUGAUUUUGUUUUUUAGGUGUGGUGCUGGGUACGAGCAUUAACUGGGAUUAAGGUUUGCAUUUUAGAAAUGCAUGCACUCUAUCUUACAGAACAGUUCUGUGUACUACACUAUCCAUCGCGUUCUUUCUGGAUGUUACAGCACAAGUUAUUGGAGGAGGAUAUACAAGUAGGUCACACACACACACACACACACACACACACACACACACACACACACACACACACACACACACCCCUGCUAAUGUGUACUCAAGUAGGCAGCACGGUGAGACGGUCUGUCUCCCAAGGAUCCGGCUGGGUGUGAGGUUUGAUUAGGAGCUGCAAUGGGUUACUUUCAGUUAAUAUACUGGUUUAUCAAUGUCUUAUUUUCUGUGUGACUGUGCCAUUUUUUUAUGUACCUUUGCUAUAAACCGAUUUCUAUGACUUCUAAUGGAAUGUUUUGGUACUUGUUUGUUCUUCAUCGGAUGGGGGACCAAGCGGCUCGGCACAGAUGUUGCACAUAUGGGAUAAAAGAGGGGAAGAUGGAUGAAUGUCUGUUGUACCUUUCUUGAUGUGUAAGAGGUUAUUUUUCCUUUUCUUUUUCCAUCAUGUUGACGGUACUUUCAUGAACUGGACUAACUGAAUAAAGCUGAAAACAAUGUCCUCUCAAACAAAGGGGUGAAGAACAUGUUACCACUGCUUUGUGGAGCAAAAAAAGCAACUUCUUGGUGAUGAGCCUUAAAUUUUCUUACAACAGACCAUAUUUUGUUAACUUAACCAUUUUAUCAUAAUGCACAAACAUUGUGAUAUCUAGGUUUUAGAUCACCUUUGAUGAUUGACAGUCCUGGGUUAUUUAAUUUUGUGCCAUUGGCCUCAUUGGUUCUGGAUUUAAAACUUGGGAGGGAGUGUAUAUUUUUUAGAUACCUGGGGCCAUUUAUUUUCAGGCUGGAAAUCCAUGUAUAGUACAAUCAUCAGGUUGUAUGCUACAUGCCCUUUGGGUUCACCGUAAUGUAUGGAUUACAAUAUGUCUAAAUCCAGGUUGUACUCCAACUGUUUGACUUCUAUAUCGCUUGCAGGUGUUUCUCCUCCUCGCCUUAUUUAAAGCCUCUAUCUUUUCAGAUGGGGAGCUUAAGCAAGGCACAGUGUACUUGAAUGUGAAAAACACUCUUGUCUCA